AUGUUCGGCUUCAACCUCUUCUCUUCCUCCAAGAAGGACUCCGCUCCCGAGGCCACCUGGGAUGCCAACACUGCCACCGUCCAGAACCAGCAGCCCACCUCCCCGGAUGCCCCCUCCACCGAGCGUGUCGUCACCGAGCAGCCCAACUCUCAGGAGAACAUGAUGAAGCUGCGCGGUGGUGGUGCCGGUGACGUCUGCUGCGGCCUCUGUGCCGGUCUGCUCUGCUUUGAGUGCUGCGAAGACUGCUGCUAA